UUCCAGCCAUGUGAAUAUCCACUCUGAAUGGACCCUGACAGUUACCCGUCAGUCUGCUGGACUUGUACUCCGCAGGAUCCUUAGAGACGACAACACCCUGACCCAAUGCAUGGAGGAUAAACUUUGAGCAAACAUUGACUGACAAAUAAUUUCACGAUGUAUUUGGAAAACUCUGAGCAAGCUAAAGUCUCUGGAGAAGGGGAGCUAUCGGCUGAGACCAUGCUUGCAGAACAAUGCCAAGUUCCCGAUUUAACAGAAGCUGCAGAUUUAACCAGCCCUUCAAAAGGAAGCGCUGAACUUGGCAUGAACGUCCUUGUGGAUUACACAGAGCAAGAUGUCAGAGUUAUGGACUUGUCUCUGCUUUGCAUGGAGCACUGCAAGAUGAGUGGAGAUGAGGCUGAAUACAGCAGAUAUUGCAACGGACAUGCUGAGAGCUUUGAGCAAUAUUCAGCAAGCAACAUAUUUUUUGAAUCCAAGCAAACCCUUGAUAAGUGUGAGACUUCGAGGUUAAGCCAACCAUUUAAUGAAUGUGCUCAACACUGUGAGUGUUUUAAACCUUGCAAGUCCUCUGAGCAGAGUGCUAAUCAUAGCGUAGCUUGUAACAAAUGUCCUUGCUGUGAACACUGUGCGGAACACCUCGGACUAUUUCAACAAUGCAAGCCCCCUGGCCAACAGUUUGAGUCUCUCGACUUUGAACAGGACAAAUUGGCAAUAAAAUGUGACAGUUUAGGGCUGUGUGAAAUGUCUGAUUUCAUACCGGAGAGCACUGAGCACCUUGAGUUACUUCAACAAUAUGAGCCUCCUGAUCAGCAGAGCGAGUGCUCUGACUCUGAACCAGACACUUCGACAGAGGACUGUGAAAUGAGUGGUUUCCCGCCCAACAUCCGUGAUUCAGUGGACUCACUGGACUGUGGCACUGAACUUUGUGAGUAUGAUGAAAUGCAAUUUGAGUACACAAAUGGUGAUGAGGAGGAGGAAGAUGAGGAUGAAGAUGAGGAUGAAGAGAGCUAUCCAUGUGAACCAAGUGAAACUGAGGCCAGACUAUCAGAAGAUGUAAAUGCAUCACAUUACAACACACUGGUCCCUGUUUGCUUUGAUGACAGUGAACAUGUCCGUUUUGAGGACACUGAAGAACUCUCUCAGCAAACUCCUACAUUAGACAUGUCAACAGAUAACUGUGAGAUGUGUGGAAGUGUAGAGUAUGAAAGCACGCAGCAGUGUGCAACUUCUGACAAAACCUCUGACAGCUUUUACACUGAAGAAGACAGUUUCUCCGAUUGCUCCUCUACUGAAACAAAAUCCUUUAAGACCUGUCCUGAAGGCAGUAUUCCGUCAGAUCCCUGCUCCGAUUCAUCUUGGGAAUCUGAAAAGGGAGUUCAGGAAGAUUCAAGUGAUGAGCAGACGCAGUGGGAAUCUUUUGAAGAUGAUGAAGAAAUAAAACAAAGGCACGCUGACGAAAGUAAUGAGGAUAAAAAGAAAACACCUGCUGUUGAUAUUGUAAUUGGGGAUUACUUUGAUCUGUUUGACAGAGCAGACCAUUACGGACACGCGUUUUCACCAAAGCGGCAUUACAUCUCCUGCUUUGAUGGUGGUGAUGUACAUGAAUGCCUGAAUCUUGAAAAGGAGGCUGCAAGACGUGGUACCAAAAAUGUAUAUAUGAAUGAGGAAGCCAGUGAGGAAAUUAAUGCUCAGGAAGCAGAUGCAUGUCCUGAAGUAGAAUGUGAUGCAAGUCAAAGAGAUGAUUGUGAGUCAGAGAAAAAACCUGAAGACUUGAUCAUAGAUUCAGAGUCAAAUUUAGAAGAUGAAGUAGAAGAAGAAGAAGAAAGUGAAGCCGAUGAACUUUACACAGAGUAUCAGGAGGAAGCAGAGGAAGAUGAAGACACCUUUGACAGAGAAACAUCUGAGGGCCAUGUUUCUGAUAUCUGCAAUGAAGAGGAAGAGGAGAUCUGCCUGUCCUCUGGUCAUGAGGAGAGCAUGUCUGCACCGUGUGCUGAAGACAUCUCUGUUGAAGGUGAUGCUUAUGAAGAAGAGGUCUAUAACACCCAGAGUUAUGACUCCCUUGGCGACAGUGCCUCUACAGUUGAUAUUUGCAGAAAGGAUGACGAGUCGGAGCCUGACGAUCAAGCAGUUAUUGAAUGUUCCGAAAUGGAGCCAUAUUGGUGGCUUAUAGAUAAUGAAAGUGAUGGAGAGGCGUAUGAACCAGGUGUUGAGGAUUACUAUGCGUAUCAGAUUAAAAGUGUUCAGUCAUCUGUUCAACAAGCCCCGAGUGGACUUAUUACUGAGUUCCAGGCCCCUGGAGUUGGUCCAGCGGAGUGCCAAGCAGUCAGAUUUGGAGUUAGUGAAGAUAUUGAACUGAGCGAGAACUUGGCCAGCUGCUCUGCUGCGGAAGAACCGGACAUGAAAUCAGAUAGUGACAUUUCAACAGGAAUGAGGCAUCCUCUAGAUAUUAUCCACAGUGUUGUCUCUGAACAUACCAAACUUGAGGGAGGCGAUGAACAGACUGAGGAAAGCGACUACGAACAGAGCAGAGAUUCAGAGGAGGAGCAGAGUGACGAUGAAUCCUCUGAGGCCUGUGACUGCGACUACUGCAUUCCACCAACCGAGCAGGUUCCAGUAAAACCACUACUCCCACGGAUAAAAUCGAAUGAUGCGGGGAAGAUCUGUGUGGUCAUUGAUUUGGAUGAAACACUAGUCCAUAGUUCAUUUAAGCCAGUGAACAAUGCUGACUUUAUCAUUCCAGUGGAAAUCGAUGGAACAGUUCACCAGGUGUAUGUGCUGAAGAGACCCCACGUGGACGAAUUCCUCAAGAGGAUGGGAGAAUUGUUUGAGUGCGUUUUGUUCACCGCAAGUUUAGCCAAGUAUGCAGAUCCCGUGUCCGACCUAUUGGACAAAUGGGGGGCCUUUAGGAGCCGUCUCUUCCGGGAGUCCUGCGUCUUCCACAAAGGGAACUAUGUAAAAGACCUGAGCCGUUUAGGCAGAGACCUUAACAAGGUCAUCAUCAUCGACAACUCUCCAGCCUCCUACGUCUUCCAUCCCGACAAUGCUGUUCCUGUCGUAUCCUGGUUUGACGACAUGUCAGACACUGAGCUGCUCGAUCUCCUCCCUUUCUUUGAGAGACUAAGCACAAUGGAUGACGUCUAUGAUAUUCUGAGGCAGGAGAGGACUUCAAGUUAACAGAUGCAGGGCACUCAGGUGACAACGAUCACCAGUGGCUGUCGUCACGGGGCCACGGAGGCUGGUGGGCCACAGGUCCUACACCGCCUCCCACUACAAGGACCAUAAUGCAAAAAAACUAUCUGUCAUUUAAUCGAAUAUUCUUAUUGUAUAGUGCAUUUAAAAGUGACAGUAAUCUUUUAGCUGGGUUCAGUGACAGUUAUGUAAAUCCCGGUGACAGAUUUUCUUUUUUUCAAUUAAAUGUAGACUUAAUAUAAGAUUAAAUGACUUCUGCAGAAAUCAUUUGCAGUGCAGCUAGAGCAUUAUUGUUGUGACAGCAGUGGUAUAUGUUCAUGAUCAGUCACGACAUUAAAACCAGUUGCAUGUUUGUAUGUUGAGGCUGAUCACUGUCAGUGUGCCAUUCAGUGCCAUUCAAACUACAUCACUCAUUUACAAUUCAGUACAAUGUAACAUUUAUAUAGAACAGUUCAUUGGAGACAGUCCCUUGAAUCUAAUUAAACUUAUUUUCGCCAAAUGUUUACGUACGUAAAGAACAGUUAAAUAAUUUUACAAAAUAUUUUGUAGCACAUUUCACUAAAAUGCACAUUUUCACACGUGCCAAACACUGUAUGUCUUUAAAAAGAUUCAAUUGGAAUUAGGAAUUUGGUUUUAAAACAAUAUUUUUUCCUAUAAGAUUGAAAAGAUCCACAAACCAAUAAUCAUGAGAAAGCACGUACUA